GCCAGCUGGUUCGUGGUGGCACGUUAUUAUGCCCAGGAACAGGAGUUUUAUUUUCAGAAUCCUGCUUUUGGUUUGUGGAGCAGAGGAUGGAUUUCUUGGAUGCAAGUAGGUCCUGCCUAGCAUGCGGAGGACACCUGGCCAAUGUUUCUGAUGGUGUCUUGGCUUUUCUUGCACAACAGCUAAAUGAGUCAUCCAGCUCGUGGGUCAAACAUGAUGCUUUAGCUAACAAUUCCACCUUGCUACUGAUACUAUGUCCGGUUGUAACACAUAAUGCAGAGGUACAGUUUGCAUCUUGUCUACAACAAAAUGGCUUCAUCUGCCAGACAGAAGGGUCAAGCUGCAACAUGGAGCAACUCCAGGAGGUCACAAGGUACACAGUACAAAGACAUGUAAAAAGUACAAUCUUUGCCAGAAGGAGAAAGAGAUCAGCAGAAUCUAAUGUGAAUGUUCAGGAUAUUCUGGAAAUGGCUCUUCAAUUGUCCAAUACUACGACUGUGGCAGAGCACAAUAUAACUGAUAUUCUCAUACCUCUCAGUUAUUUGAUGCAAGAUGAAGUGGAGGCAAAUAAAACACAGCUGGUAGACACACUUUCUCUCCUGAAUCAAUUAAGUGACCAGCUGAGGACUCAAGACAUCAACAGUUUAUCAACUCUCUUUGCAAAUCUGAGUAAUGUAGUGUACUAUGGCAUAAAUAGCAUCUUACAGUCAAUACUGUCAUCUUGUUCUGAAAUCUCCUGGACGUUAUCAGAGAGGCAAUCUAUAACCAAUUCUGCUCUUGAUGUGGUGAAUAAACUUCAGCUGACCACUCUCUCGAAUCUUAGUCAUCAGCUGUCAUUGCAGACACCAAUGUUUUCAAUACUUCUUAGCAGUGUGAACACAUCAGAGAUUAAUAAGUAUUUCCUAUCCUGUCCUAAUCCAAUGGCAGCAGUAAUAUUCCCAUCUCAGACUGCAUUACCUUCAGUGCUUCAAUCUCUUCCAUCUGUUCAGGUUCAGAUGAUGAGUUUUGUUGAGAAUCCGUUUAGAAUGGAUUCAUCAUUUAAUAUCAGUGGGACUGUGGCCAGUCUCACAGUACUGAAAAAAAGUCAAGAGCUUUCAUUGCACAACCUGUCAGACUAUUUCCAGAUAUUUCUUUCACGUACUGAAAGCUCUCAAAGUCAACCGACCCCUAUCCAGAUUUCUACAGAUAAAGCUUUACAGCUAUCUCUAAAGGUUACGCCUUCAGAAAGCACGUUGGUUAUUAUCAUCUCGGUUAAUCAUAAUGUGAAGCUGGAGUUGUACCAUGGAUUAAAACUAAUCACAAAAUCACAAAUAACAAUCCAAAGUGUUUUAGAUUUCUACACAUGGAUUUUAACCCCAGAUAUGAUCUCUGAUCCAACGGCUCCUCAGCUAUUUUUGGUGUCCCCAUCAAAUACCAAUGGAAUACAGAAUCUGCAACUCACCGUCUCCGCAUUCACAGUACAGUGUGCUUUCUGGAAUUCAGAUCUUCAGAAGUGGAGCUCUGAUGGCUGCAUUGUUGGAUCUCAGACUACCUUAACAAAGGUACAUUGCAUGUGUAAUCACUUGUCAGUCUUUGGAUCAUCAUUCCUGAUUUUACCAGUGCAGAUUGAUGUCACCCGUACAGCAGAGUAUUUCUCGAAGAUCUCAGAGAAUCCAGUCAUUGUUGUCUUAGUAGCUUGCUUUUAUUUUUGCUAUAUCAUCACCGUUUUGUGGGCAAGACGUAUGGACCUAAGGGACCAGAUGCAGAAUCGGGUGAUUGUUCCCUGUGAUAGUGAUACUUGUGGAUUAUACCGUUAUCUUGCUACUGUGUGCACUGGACACAGGAGGGGGGCAGGGACCAGCGCCAAGGUGUGGUUGUCCCUUUGUGGCACAAAAAGUCAGUUUGGCCCCAUCCUGCUAUCAGACACCAAACAUCAGGUGUUUAGAAGUGGCAAUGUAGAUGUCUUUAUUCUUUCUGUGCCAUUUCCUUUGGGUGAAAUAAAAAGCAUCACACUCAAUCAUGAUGGCACAGGUCCUCAUAAAAGUUGGUACGUUACUCAGGUUACUAUUCAGGAUGUACAACUCAAAAUGUCUUGGCAUUUUCUGUGCAACACGUGGCUAUCCAAGCUACCUAAAGGAGGCUCUCUAAGUAAGACCUUCAAAGUUGCCAAUGACCAAGAGCUAAGGAGUUUUAGGAAUAUUUUCUUGAAAAAAACUUUAAGGGGCCUACGUGAUGAACACAUCUGGAUUUCCAUUCUUAAUCAUCCAGCCCGUAGUGUAUUUACGCGUGUCCAGAGAGUCUCCUGUUGUAUGUGUCUUCUCCUUUGUACAAUUGUCAUCAACCUCAUGUUCUGGGAGCUACCUCAAAGUACUUAUCCAGUGCUCAUCAGUGUUGGCAGUUUCACCCUGACUUGGAAAGACAUUAUAAUAGCCUUUGAAAGUGCAAUCUUCAUGUUUCCUAUCAAUUUACUCAUCAUUUAUAUCUUCCGAAACACUCAGCCCAAGGAAAUCAAAAAUACAAAUACCAAAAUUAAAAAAGGAAAAAAAGUUCUGAAAGCUAAAAAGAGUUCACCCUGCCAGCUAAGUAUCAGCACUGUUCUAGAGGACCUGUCAGGAGUAGUGAAGAUUUUGAGCGAAGUUUCUCAGAAUAAGGUAGAAAUGGACUUAGAUCAAGAAUCAAAUAAAAAUGUUACUGUUCUUCUGCAGACCAUUUCACACCUCUUGCAAGAACAGCUAACACCUGGAUUACUGUCAUCUUCGGUGUCUUUGAUGCAGCUUUCUAGUGAUGAGUUGCAUGCUUUGUUCUGUGCACAUUAUGUGUCCCGAAAGCUUAAGAAAGUGUCUCAAGAUCUUCAGCAGCUGGAAAACCAACAGGCCCAAGACAAGACGCAGCAUGAUGUGUUCCUCACACAGUUACAUCCUCUGCUGCAUGUAUUAGACAAAUCUGUUCCUCCUUUGCCUGCACAAAGGUCCCAACAAAAGCAACAGGUACAAAAAAAGCGACUGCCUUGGUGGUUCCUGUUUAUUGGGUGGACCCUACUGAUCUCUAUCAGUAUUGUUUCUACCUACUUCACCAUGAUGUACGGGUUCCUCUAUGGAAAGGAAAGUUCUAUCCGAUGGAUCAUUUCCAUGACUUUAUCUCUUUUCCAAAGCAUCUUUAUUCUGCAGCCUCUUAAGGUAGUGGGAUUUGCCAUUUUCUUUGCUCUUAUCUUAAAGAAGGUAGAUGAAGAUGAAGAACUAGUGGAUACAGAACUUGGGAUAUCAGAUGAAUAUCGGACAAGUGAUGAGACGGCACUGUAAUGGAUUUCCUGGCUUGCUGCAUUCUGUGUACCGGAUCUACAAGGAUGACCUUUUUUUAUUGAGACAGAUACAUUCUACAGCACUAUAAACAGAACAUCUGAAGCUCCAUUUAACUUUUUAUAUCAUGAAGUGGUUAAUUUACCUUUGUAUGUUAUAUAUAGGCAAGUACUGAGUACUGCAGCCAUAGACAACUUAUCCUCUGUCUGAUAAGUGUCUGAUUGCCGGGUGGGGGGGUUGGGUUGCGGGGGGUUGUAAGGGUGUUGUUAUCCAACCGCUGGGAUUUCCCGCACGGGGACCCGACACUCUGCGCAGCUAAUGCUUGUGUCGUUGACCUUACUAAGAAGUUGACAAACAUGCCCCCUUCAUUCAGCUCUAUGAGAGUGGCGGGAAUGCAAGAAUGCUGCAUCUACACCUCUCCCAUAAUGAUGCAUGAAGGGGAGUGUUGACCGCAGCAUCAUGCUGUGCCCAGCACGCCUCCUGCACAGGGAGAGCCGCGCCAGAGCUGGGUUCCUGUACAGGAGAUCACGGGGGUUCCAGCUGCAGUACUCCUUUAAGACUAUAGAAACAACACAGGGUAACACAGGCAGAAAUGUUUUCUUAAUGCCUUCUCAUACUAAUAAUAUUUUGUAAAUCAAUACCAGUUAGUUUUUUAUAGCACCUUUUUAUACUGGUUAAACAAUAAAGAAUCUCUGCAAUUUGACAUUUCUAAGUAAAUUAAAAUUGUACAUUGUGACAUUUUUAGGGGCUUUACGGCACCUUACCUUUAUUUGCUUCUCAUCCACACAAAGCAAUUUACAUCAACAGAGCAAUAAAAAAUUGUAGGCAGGCUAGCCGCUAACAAUACUUUAUAGCUCAACUAGUUAUCCGAUGGCCUACCACACAAACAUCGCAACCAAUACAUAUUGGCCCUCAUUUACUAAGCUAAAACCAACUAGUUUUUGUUGGGUUAUUUAGGUGCAUAAUGUCUUUGACAUGUCUGCGCCAAGAAAAUCCGACAAACUCGACAUUGCAUUGUGAAAAGCCUAUAAACUGGGGUGGUCUUUUAAUAAGAGGGCAUGGCUGGUCCGAAAAGGGGCACAGUUUCACACCCGACCUAUUUACUAUUGAAUUCACAGAAAAUCCUGUGAAUAAAUGACUGGAAAUUUCCACCUAGGAAAAGCUCAGAAAAUAUUCCCAUCUUGUAAAUCUGUGAAUCUCCAUAUAAAUAGUGAGGAAGUCGUAAACAACAUUUUAUACUGGUAAAAACUGAACACUCUUAGUAAAUUAGGGCCAUUUUGUCCAUACCAAUUGUGGGAGCUCACAUAAGCAAGCAUCAUCUGUUAUUUUCAGGGCUAGGAGCUCAGUGUAAAUAAAUCACAGAAAAAUGUUAUCUGAAAAUGACAAUUUGUUAAAAUCACUGUGGCCACUAAGCCUAAUAAUAAAGUGACACUUCUUGUUCUCUACAGGUAACCUUUCAGCAAUCUUUUUUUUAUAAUCACAGACAGGAUUACAGUGAAUGGUGACGCCAGGAUAUAGACAAGACAGGAGCAGACUAUUUGUAGGAGGAGAUGGUCAGAGCUCACCCUGUUCCCCGCCAUGCACAGUAGCUGAUGUAAAGCUUAUGUCUAAAUGCUGUGCAGUACGCUCAGACUGGUUGGCCUCUGACUUCCUCUUAUCCUGGCUUAUGUACACUGGCCUUGAUUUAUCAUAAUGUGUAAGAUAAAAUUUGAAAUAUUUUUCUCACAGAAACAGAUCACAGCUCACCUUUCACUUUACCAUAGCUUGUUAAGAUAGGAAAGCUGAGCUGUGAUUGGUUUCUGUGGUCAAACUGUCUAUAGUUUUUCCCUAAUACAUUUCCGACAAUCUUCAAAAUACUCUAUUCCUAAAAAGAGACUGAAAUGUUUUAUAGCCAAGACUUACUUAGCUUUAGGUGCAACACACAGCAGUGUCUAUGUCAGACUCAGAAGCCCUCUAGGGGUUAAAUGGGUCAUUCAGGAAUAGUAAACCAGAGCUAAUUUCUUUAGCUAAUUUCUUUAAAA